AUGCAUAGAGAGUUCAACCAGCUCGUAAACAUGUCUGCCAAAGAGCUCAAGGACUGGCUGGGUAGCGAAGAAUCAAUCGGUUCAGGUUGGGACAAGGACGAUGGAUCUGGUGGGACCAUCGGCCAUGAGAGGUGUGGAGAGCACGUUUUAUCCUUGAAAAGAAACCCCCAAAAGGACGAAAGCAAGUAUGACCAGGACGACAUCGAUCAUAUGCGAAGGGUAGUAUCU